AUGGUACACUACGCGACGCCGCAGUCCACCCCGCCGAUGUCGCCGCUGCACGCGUCGGCGACGCCUCGCACCCCGGGCGCCGGCGCGUACUCCGAGUUGCCGCCGCCCUCGCCGCACACGCCCCGGCCGCCUAUCACGCUCACCGCGCCACCAUCCAAGAAGAAGCAGCGCCGCACGGCCGCGCGCUCCCUCCGCGCCAUCCGCGCCGUGCGCGCGCUGUUCAGGUCCCUCCCGAUCCUGGCCCCGGCGUGCCGCUUCCACGGCGUCCUACCGCGGCACGGCGGGCCGUCGCGGAUGCACGACGGCCACGUCAGCGGCGCGUCGCGCACGACGGGGACCCUGUUCGGGUACCGCAAGGCGCGGGUGACGCUGGCGGUGCAGGAGACGUCCGGGAGCGUGCCCAUCCUGCUGCUGGAGCUCGCGAUGCAGACCGGCAGGUUCAUGCAGGAGAUGGGCGCCGAGCACCUGCGCGUGGCGCUCGAGUGCGAGAAGAAGCCGCCGGGCACCGGCGCCGGCAUCGGCCGCACGCGCCUGCUGGACGAGCCGCUGUGGACGGCCUACGUGAACGGGCGCAAGAUCGGGUACGCCAUGAGGCGGGAGCCCACGGAGGACGACCUCACCGUCAUGCAGCUGCUGCGCUCCGUCUCGGUCGGAGCAGGCGUGCUGCCGAACGACGUUAUGGGUCGCGACGCCAGCGAGGGGCAGGAGGCAGGGGACCUUGCGUACAUGCGCGCCCGCUUCGACCGCGUGGUCGGGUCCCGGGACUCCGAGUCGCUGUACAUGCUCAACCCUGAUGGCAACAAUGGGCCUGAGCUUAGCAUCUUCUUCAUUAGGAUAUGAUCAAAGCUUCUGACAGUUUUCCAUUUGGUUUCUGAUCUUUCCAUGACUGAGACAUUGGAACUCUGUAACUUUUGAUUUUGAUGU